UUGAUAGAUAGAUAGAUAAUGCUACAAUUAUUUGUGGGCAAUGAUCCAAAUAUGGCUACACUAAAUUUUAAUGUUAUCAUUGAAUAAAUGCAUACAGAUGAAUCUUUUUCACUUUAAAUAUCUUCCCUCAAAUUAUCAAAAUGGUCUUGUGAAUAUUGAGAGGCGUACUUUGAUGUCACAUUUGCUGAAACAUUCACCAAUGAAUUUGUUCAAAAGUAAAUGUAGCUGUAAUCACACAAGCACAUGCAAUGCUUAAAAAAGAAAUUCCUCUACCUAUUAUAAAUGAAAAAAUAUCAAUGGAAAAUUAUGUAAUUUCCAAUGGAACAUCAUAUAUACAUAAUUCCUAUCUCAACAGAAAAGCUAGAGGUGACUGAGGACAACCACUCAAUGACAAAUGAAUUUAUCCUUAUCGGGUUUACAGACCACCCAGACAUGAAGACUCUUCUGUUUGUGGUGUUCUUUGGCAUCUAUCUGGUCACCAUGGUGGGGAAUCUAGGGUUGGUGGCCUUGAUAUACAUGGAGCGCCGUCUUCAMACACCAAUGUACAUCUUCCUGGGCAACCUGGCUCUCAUGGAUUCCUGCUGUUCCUGUGCCAUCACUCCCAAGAUGUUACAGAACUUCUUUUCUGAGGACAGAAGGAUUUCCCUCUAUGAAUGCAUGGCACAAUUCUAUUUUCUCUGUCUUGCUGAGACUACAGACUGCUUUCUUCUMGCAGCAAUGGCCUAUGACCGCUAUGUGGCCAUAUGCAGACCACUGCAAUACCACACUCUAAUGUCAAAGACACUCUGCAUUCAGAUGACCACAGGAGCCUACAUAGCUGGACAUCUGCAUUCCAUUGUUCAAGUAGGACUUUURUUGAGAUUAACUUUCUGUAGGUCUCAUCAAAUCAAUCACUUCUUUUGUGAUGUCCUUCCAUUAUACAGACUCUCUUGUGUUGACCCUUAUAUCAAUGAAUUGAUGAUACUUAUCUUGUCAGGAUUUGUUCAAAUUUUUUCUGUUACAGUAGUACUAAUCUCUUAUUUCUACAUUCUUUUCACUAUCUUCACAAUGAAAUCCAAAGAAGGAAGAGGAAAAGGUUUAUCUACUUGUGCAUCCCACUUUCUCUCUGUGUCAAUAUUCUAUGGUUCUCUGCUCUUCAUGUAUAUUAGGCCAAAUUCAUUUAAUGAAGAUGAUAAAGAUAUACCUGUUGCUAUUUUUUAUACUCUAGUUAUUCCUUUAUUAAACCCUUUCAUUUAUAGUCUAAGAAAUAAGGAAGUAAUAAAUGUUAUCAAAAAUUAUGAAGAUAUGAUAUUACAACAUUCUUAG